GCUGUUGGGCGAAGCAGUUGAUGGGCUCCGGCGGGGCCAUGGCGCGCGGGUUGCUGCCGCGCUACCUGCUGCUGCUGGCGCAGGAGAACCUGGAGUUCCGGCUGCCGGAGAUAAAGUCCUUGCUCUCACUUUGUGGUGGACAAUUCAGCAAUCAACAAGAAAUUCAUAUAAAUUCUCCAUUUUGGAUUCUCAAUAUUCCUUCAGAAGAGAUGGCAAGGGGACUAAUGAGAAGGACAGUAUGUGCAAAGUCUAUAUUUGAACUGUGGGGUCAGGGAAAAUCUGCAGAGGAGCUGUUCACAUCUCUGAAGAACUACCCAAUGGAGAAAAUGGUUCCAUAUCUACAGUCAAACUCAACAUACAAAAUACAUAUUCAUGCAUUUAACAAAACACUGAUACAAGAGGAAAAAAUUAAAAGGAUAGAUGCUCUGGAAUUUCUGCCAUUUGAAGGAAAAGUGAAUUUAAAAAACCCAGAACAUAUCUUCUGGAUUCUGGAAGAUUAUGGAAUGGACCCUAACAACAUUCCAGAAGAACCUCUUGAUUUGUAUUUUGGUAGAUGGAUAGCGGAUGGGCAAAGGGAGCUUAUUGAGUCAUACAGUGUAAAAAGGAGGCAUUUUAUUGGGAACACAAGCAUGGAUGCCUGCUUGUCUUUCAUCAUGGCAAACCAUGGGAGAGUAAAAGCAAAUGAUGUCGUGUUUGAUCCAUUUGUUGGAACAGGCGGCCUUCUUAUAUCCUCUGCACGUUUUGGAGCAUACGUGUGUGGUACUGAUAUAGAUUAUAACACUGUCCAUGGAUUAGGCAAGGCAAGCAGGAAGAACCAGAAGUGGAGAGGACCGGAUGAGAAUAUCCGAGCUAACCUUCGGCAGUAUGGUUUAGAGAAGUACUAUCUUGAUGCACUCAUUUCUGAUGCAUCAAAACCUAUAUGGAGGAAGGGAAUGCUUUUUGAUGCAAUUAUUACAGAUCCUCCAUAUGGCAUACGAGAAGCUACUAGACGAACUGGUUCACAAAAAGAAAUACUUAAAGCAACGGAAAGAGGCACAGAAAAUCACAUCUCCAUUUCCUCGAACUAUCAUCUGAGUGAUAUCUUUUUUGACCUGUUAAACUCUGCGGCAGAGUACCUGGUGAUGGGAGGAAGAUUGGUGUACUGGCUACCGGUUUACAGACCUGAAUACACAGAAGAGAUUAUACCCCGGCACCCCUGCCUGAAACUUAUUAGUAACUGUGAGCAGAUGCUUUCCAGCCACACGUCAAGGCGCUUGAUAACCAUGGAAAAGGUGAAAGAAUUUGAGGUCUCAGAAGGACAGGUGUAUGACUGGCCAAUGAGGAUGCAAGGUGACACAUGUUAAGGAGAGCUGCUGGUGAAAUUGAUGGUGCAUUAAAGUUACUUGCUAUUAAUUAUUUGAAAGUAGAUCAUUUCUGUUUAUUAACACAAUGGAUCUGGUCAGCCAUGUCACUUAAAGCAGUUGAUAAUGACAAUGGCUUGUAGAUAGGCUUGGAAGGAUUAGAUUUUUUUUUAUCAAUAAAUGUUGAUAAACAUCAGCUUUUGCCAUAGAGACACACACUGAUGAAAAAAUAUUUCCAUUGAUGCUAAUUGAAAUGUACAGAUAGGUACAAUAAGAAAUAUGCUGCUUGAAAACUGAUUUAAGGCUAUUUAGUUUGUAUAUUUUGACAUGUAAUGUUGACAAUUUGUGUUGUAAUGGCUGUAAAGCUUUAAUUUUUUGAUCAAUGUCUACUGUCAUUAAAUAAUUGUCUAACCCCUCUCCCAUUGUCCUACCUCCUCCCCACAAUUUCCCAUACCUGAAAAUAGUAUUAAUCAGAAAAAAAAGCUUAAAACCCAUAAUUUUGUGCAACUGUCAACAUUUCAAUUAAUAAGUAUAGAAAAAUGCUUAACUGCUAUGAGCUAGGAUGGGCAGGGAUGGUGUCCCUAGCCUCUGUUUGCCAGAAGCUGGGAAUGGGUGACGAGGGAUGGAUCACUUGAUGAUUACCUGUUCUGUUCAUUCCCUCUGGGGCACCUGGCAUCGUCCAGUGAUGGAAGACAGGAUACUGGGCUAGAUGGACCUUUGGUCUGACCCAGUAUGGCCAUUCUUAUGGUCUUAUGUUAAACAUAGCUAUUAUCCAUUGAAAUUAUUUAAAAAAUGGAAAUCUGCCAAGCCUACUUGUAGGUCAGUUGAGUCUGCCUGAAUGAUAGCUCCACACAGAGUAGAUUGGGUUUUUAUCUACUCUACGAGUUCUGCAUGGUUGGUUUGUUUCCGAAUAGUGGAGUUCUGUGAAGCAAUCCUAACAAGCCACAGUUUGAACUUGAUAAACUACUUCUGUUUGCUGCAGGAAAUGACCUGCCAGAAAUGACCCAGGCCUACAUCACUGUUAAGGGAAGGGAACUGGGGGAAAAAAACUCAAACUAUUUUUCCUCCUCUUUAAAAUUUAGAAAAUUUCCCCCUUUUUAAAUUAAAUUAUAUAACCAUCUAAUAGAUUUUUUGUGCCAUUUCAUAAUAAUUAUGGGGUAGGCAAAAAUAUGGAACAUUCCUUAAUUAAAUCUGGAUUUUCAUUUGUUUUUUUAUUUAAAAAGAAAACACUUGUGCCAAGAAUCUUUAUUCUCCCCACCCCCCUUUUUUGUAUUUUCUUAUAUACUUGGCAGAAUUAAUGACAAAAAUCUUUCUAGCUGUGACGUUGCCAAAAUCCUGUUCUGAAGCUCCUACUAAUUUGGAUUAAACUGGAUAGUUGAAAGCCUCAAACAACAAAUCCUGGCAGUGGAUUGCUGAGGCCCCACAACCGUGACAUCAACUGUUCUUAUCUUCAGAGGGAAAAUAAAUAAGCAAAAUAUAACUUUGUAAUCACACA